AUGACCUACCGUUUCCUCGGUAACUCAGGUCUCCUGGUCUCCAAAAUCUCCCUCGGAGCGUGGAUGAUCUGGGACGAUCGCUGCUCCGACGAAGGCUGGUACGAUAUCAUGACCCAAGCUUUCAAGGAGGGCGUGAACUACUACGACAACGCCGAGUGCUACAUCGGUGGCAAGUCUGAAGAAAUUGUCGGUCGCGCGAUCCAAAAGGGCAUCGAGGAGAAAGUUUGGUCCCGCGAAGACCUCGUCAUCUCCACCAAGAUCCACGUCGGCACGAAGACAGGUCCCAAUGACCAGGGACUGAGUCGCAAGCACAUUGUGGAAGGCCUCAAGGCUUCACUCAAGCGUCUUCAGCUCGACUAUGUCGACGUUGUCUUCUGUCACCGCGCCGAUGACUUCACCCCUAUCGAAGAAACCGUUCGGGCCAUGAACUACGUCAUUUACCAAGACUUCCGUGACCGCGUUGUUAAGACCUUCGAGCUACAGAAGAUCGCGGACGAGCUGGGCUGCUCCCUCGCGCAGAUGGCUGUCGCUUGGUGUGUGUCCAACCCGAACGCGUCAACCGUCAUGCUGGGAGCUCGUACGAGGAAGCAGUUGGACGAGAACCUGGACGCGAUCCGAUUCGUGGAGAAGAUCACGCCUGAAAUCAAGGCUCGUAUUGAUGCUGCGGUGGACCAUAAGGUGCAAAUUCCAGAGAAGGAGCCUCUCGCUAGUGUCCGUGCUCGCCACUUUAUCUGCUACAUGUAG